CACUUUCAGGCUUCCCUCCCCCCGCCGCCAUCUUAUCGUGUGCAUCCUCCUCCUCGGUUCUGUGUUCAGUGCGCCCUGGGGGCCUCGGCCUCCUCCCCUCACUCGAGGCUGCAGGAGGAUGCCGGGCCCGAGGAGGAGUCAUGAGCAUGAAAGCCAGUGUGUGCCGCCCCAGGCACGACGACCCCUUGUCGGGGGAAGAGCCUCAGGAAAGCUCGGGGCUUGCGGGCCGGAGUAGGCCGCAGCCUGGAGAGCGGGGGCUGAAGAAGGCUCAGGCCGGCCUCAGUGAUCCGUGCGGCAAGCUCGCUUGCGAAGCGGGGGCCCUGGCUGAUAAAGGAGCUGGGGGAGCUGCCGGGGCGGCGGUGACCGGGGCCGGGGCAGCUACUACGGCCGCCACUGGGCAAGGCCAAGCCCCGGCCUCGAGUUCAACUUCCCCCGGUCCUCGCUGGAGACCGCCGUUGAGAGGGGGCGCCGGAGCCGGGGCCUGCCUCAAGCAGAUCGUUAUCCUGCAGCUGGACCUGAUAGAACAGCAGCAGCACCGGAUCCAGGAGCGGGAGCGGCAGAUCGGGGAGCUCCGGGCCGAGAAGGACACGCUCCUGGCCCGCAUUGAGCGGAUGGAAAGACGUAUGCAGUUGGUCAGAAAGGACAGUGAGAAGGAUAAGCAGCGCACGUCUCAAAGCUGUGAGUCGGCCGUCGACAUGCCAGAGGGUCCCCUUCCAGAGAGCGCAGGGGGUGGGGAGUUCCCUCCAGAGGCCUCCCCUCAGUUGCCCGGCCUUACCCCAAAGCCCUUCUCCUAUGGCAGAAAUGCAAAAGGACACAAAAGGAAAUCUGCUUUUGGCAGUACAGAACACAGGACUCCUGUUAAAAGACUGACUUCUGACCUUGCAAAGAUGAAGGGCAAGAUGUCAAGGUUGCCAGCAGAGGCAGAAGAUGCAGAGCCUGGGGGUUCGGUGUCUGAGACAGGCUGUCGGAGAGAGCUGCGCAGCAAAGAGACUCCCGAAAAAUCUCAAUCUCCAGCGGAUACUCCCCUGAGCUCCGCAUGGACCAGCUCUGCGGCAUCCUCAUUAAAAGACGGUGAACCAAACCCUGGCGAGGUAGAUUCUCUGCCCUACCUUGCCACCACGGACAUGUACCUCUGCCGGUGGCAUCAGCCGCCACCUUCACCGCUGAGAGAGCCCUCUCCGAAGAAAGAGGAGUGUGUGGCAAUUCCUUCAUGGAGAGAGCAUCCAGUAGAACCUCUUCAGGACUUGAACGCAUCAGACGUACCAGAGAAUCUGGACGAUGCAGUGUUUGCAAAGAGACAUGCCAAGUUAGAGCUAGAUGAAAAGAGGAGAAAAAGGUGGGACAUUCAGAGGAUUCGUGAGCAGCGAAUCUUGCAGCGACUGCAGCUGAGGAUGUACAAGAAAAAGGGGAAUCAAGAGAGUGAGCCUGAGGUCACCUCCUUCUUUCCAGAACCUGAUGAUGUGGAGUCUGUAAUGAUCACCCCCUACCUCCCCGUUGUGGCAUUUGGACGGUCCUUGCCGAAAAUUGCCCCACAGAGUUUUGAGCUCCCCUGGCUAGAUGAUCGGAGUCGAUGUCGUAUUGAAAUGCAGAAAAAGCAGACUCCACAUAGGACAUCUCGUAAAUAGGCUGGGAACACUUGUCUUGUGACAACCUAUAAAUACAGAGUAAAAUGCAUUGCAGGUUGAUGUAUACGAAAUCCAAGGGGUUUAUGCUGCCUUUCUCUUUAACCUCAAGUGUGGCCUCCAAUGUAUAUCGGACCCCACUGGCUUUGAAGUUGUUCACUUUCAAAGAAUCAGAUCGCUUUUUUUUUUUUUUUUUUUUGUGGUCUUGAUCAAGUUCCAAACUGGACAUUUAUUGUAAAUGGAGCAGACCUGCUGUCACCGUCUUGUUUGAGUUCAUAAACGCCAUGGCUUAUCUGUACAAUAUGCUGCAUGAUCUCUGCAGAGCAUCAGAUUUCCCGCCCAUUUCAAUGUCAAGCUUCACUUACCGUGCAUUUCCAUACAGGCUCCAUCUUUAAACUGACAAUAGGAAUUCUGUAGACAGAAGAGGUACUUCAUGUGCUGGAAUAAUCAAUCCAUUAAAACCUCCAAUUGAUUUUACAUGAUGCCAGAUUUAAUACAUUGUGUGUUCCCAUUAAGGGCUGUUUCACACGAGCAGAUGCCGUGCGUG